AUGGAAUCGUUCAAGAUCCCCACGAAACUGCUGAUUCUCUCGGAUGCACACGCAGACCCCGAGAUCAUCCCAUCGGGCACGCUGUCACUGCUUGCCCAAAUAGAUGCUCCUCUGAAACUCAUCAUACCCGGCAAUCACGACUUCACGCUCGACGAUGGCGCCUUCGCAAUGAUAAGAACAGAAUCUCUGCGGCUCAACGACGGACGCUUGGAUGAGAAAUCCCUAGACGACGCCUACGGGCGAGUAGUUCAGGCUCAAGGGAUCCUGAUGGGCGACGGCAUCAGGCUACUACUCGAAGAGGGCACCUACACGUUCACCCCGGGGAAUGGAGCAAGACUCACUGUCUUUGCUAGUCCCUUCACCCCGUCAAAAAACAACAUUUGGAAGGAUCGCGCAGAGUCCACUAGGACGGAGGACUUGAACCAUUACACAUGCAUCGACAACGACAAGUCGCAGGUCAUCGAGUCGAUUGCGACCCUGAGACCAACCAAGUUCGACGACGACGGCGCCAUCCGAGCCAAGGGCGAAAGAGAGCAGGCUUACCAUUUCAAGAGGGCCGUGAGGGCAACAGGGGUCCAUGAGUCAGAAUUCGGAUCUUCAAGCAGCACACUACUAGCCGAUGUACCAAAAUACGAUAUCAUCACCAGCUGCAAAGACACCAAGGGCUGGUGUGGCACCAAGAUCGACGGCAAGGGAUAUUGA